CCGGGUGCGGUUCAUUCGCGCGGCGGCGGCGGUGGUGGAGACGGCCGAGGAGGAUGUGGGCUACGCGCGGGCUGGCGGUAGCGCUGGCCCUGAGCGUGCUGCCUGACAGCCGGGCGCUGCGGCCAGGCGACUGUGAAGUUUGUAUUUCUUAUCUGGGAAGAUUUUACCAGGACCUCAAAGACAGAGAUGUCACAUUCUCACCAGCCACUAUUGAAGAAGAACUUACAAAGUUUUGCCGUGAAGCAAGAGGCAAAGAGAAUCGGUUGUGCUACUACAUUGGAGCCACAGAUGAUGCUGCCACCAAGAUCAUCAAUGAGGUGUCAAAGCCCCUGGCCCACCAUAUCCCUGUGGAAAAGAUCUGUGAGAAGCUGAAGAAGAAAGACAGCCAGAUCUGCGAGCUAAAAUACGACAAACAGAUUGACCUGAGCACAGUGGACCUGAAGAAGCUCCGGGUGAAAGAGCUGAAGAAGAUCCUGGACGACUGGGGGGAGAUGUGCAAAGGCUGUGCAGAAAAGUCUGACUAUAUCCGGAAGAUAAAUGAACUGAUGCCUAAAUACGCCCCUAAGGCGGCCAGCGCACGAACUGAUCUGUAGUCUGUCCAGCCCCUGCUGCACCUGAGGAAAAAAGCAGUUCGUCUGUCUCUCCCCCAAACAGCCAUUUUGUAAUUUAUUUUUUAAGUGGGCUCCUGACAAUGAGAUGUGAAGCCUGGAGCUUUCCUAAUGACAUUGGCUCUGCAGUUCCCUCUCGACCCCAUCCCCAAGGGGGGAGAAUUUACUUCCUCCCUUUGCUGGUUUACUCUAGGACUUCAAAGUUUGUCUGGGAUUUUUUUAUUAAAAAAAUUUGUCUUUGGAGA